AAUACUUUUUUUCCCCACUGUAAAUAUGAAACAUGUAGACAUUUUAUAUUAAACUUGGCACACAUGUGUCUCGUCAAAUAAAAAUAUAGCACGGUUUAGGGAUAUCUUGAUACAGACAACCCCGAAAAAAAGAAACUAGUCAAGUCAAUCUCCACAGCCCAAGAAUGCUGGGAGUUGUAGUUUUGCCACAGCUGGAGGCACCCUGGUUGGGAAACACUGGUGUAUUGCCUACCACACUCGUGAAGAGCUCCAAUAUGGCAGUAAGAUUGGGAAACGCUGGGUAUGAUUCUGUAACUUAUAAAAGUUGCAUUUUUGGAUGUUGUACAAAAAAACUGUACAUAUAAAAGGAAACUUUUUAAAGUUUUAUAUUAUUAUUAAAUUUUAUCUGUUUUAUUCUUGACAGACGACUGUAGCUGGAUGUCAGAGGGACAUCUGAUAUCUUCACAUCUUAAAUCAGAGGAUGAUAUCAAACAAGAUACAUAUGAAGAACAUUCCGUUAAACAGGUCCUAUCUUCUAAAUUAACACAGAAUGUUAGGCAAAAUAAAAGUCACAGAAGAGGCGAUAAACAUGAAAAUAAUUACAUCGUCAAGUCGUUUUCCUGCCCAGAAUGUGGGAGAUUUUUUACUAUGAGAUCCCAACUUGUUCAACAUCAAAAAAUUCACACAGGGGAGAAGCCUUUUGCAUGCUCAGGAUGUGGGAAAGGUUUCAUCCGUAAAUCAACACUCAUUGAACAUCAGAGAAUUCACACAGGAGAGAAGCCAUUUUCAUGUUCAGAAUGUGGGAAAUGUUUCACUUGGAAAUCGCAUCUUGUUCUGCAUCAGAGGACGCACACAGGGGAGAAGCCGUUUUCAUGCUCAGAUUGCGGGAGAGUUUUCGCUUCAAAAUCACAACUUAGUCAGCAUCAAAAUACUCACUCAGGGGAGAAACCAUUUUCCUGCCCAGAAUGUGGGAAAUGUUUUAUUCGUAAAUCAUCGCUUGUUGAACAUCAGAAAACUCACACUGGGGAGAAGCCAUUUUUAUGCCAAGAAUGUGGGAAAUGUUUUACUCGAAAAUCAUCACUUGUUGAACACCAGAGAACUCACACAAGACAGAAGCCUUUUCAAUGCUCAAUAUGUGGGAAACGUUAUAGCAUGAAGAAAACUCUUGUUGAACAUCAAAAAUCUCACUUCGGGAAGAAGCCGAUUUCAUGUUAGGAAUGUGGGAAAUCUUUCACUCUGAAAUUACAUCUUUUUUUUUUUUUUUUUUGACAUUCGCACAGAAAAUUCGCACAUGAUAGAGGUUGUAGAGUCGUAUAUGGAAAGUCUUUUUUUAAACAAAAAACAGCUGUAACUGGAUAUCGAAAAAAUAUUAUUGAACAAUUUUCAUGACCAGAAUGCUGGAAAGAUUUUAUUCAAAUCAGAUUUUGUAUAAGAAAAAAAAUGGAUGUAGUUAUAAAAAAAAAAGUCA